ACUAGACCUUCAAGUAGCUCCCGACUCCAAAAAAGACACCCUUCCCAAAAGCACCUUGAAAAUGCGUUUCUCAACCACCGGCGUCUUUUCGCUGCUCUCUCUCCUCCCCUCCACCCUCGCAACUCAACUCAUCUUCACAAUCCCAACGACUCCCCAACUAAACCCAUCAACUCUCCCCCCCUCCACCCACGCGAUCCUCAGUACCCUUUCUCACACGCACACCGCGCAGCUCACACCAUCCAAUUCCUUCUCUUUCCGCAAUCUUACCAGCGGCUCUUACCUCCUCACCGUUUCCUCUCCAACCCACGCUUUCAUUCCUCUCCGCGUCGAUAUCCAUCCUGCAUCCUCCGAGUCAAAUCUCAUUCCCAUCGAAGCAUUUACCACUUUCCGCGCCAACGAAUGGAGCAACAAGGGAGAAAUUAUCCCGGUUUCUAAACUUGGAGAUGAUAAAUAUACAGCGGAAGUUAAGGCACUUGUCGAGAAAAACUAUUAUCUUGAACGAGUGGGAUUCUCGCCAUUGAGUUUAUUGAAGAAUCCUAUGAUCUUAAUUGCUGGAUUUAGUAUGCUUAUUGUGUUUGGAAUGCCCUAUCUUAUGGACAAUAUGGAUCCAGAGCUCAAAGCGGAGUUUGAGGAGCGCCAGAAGAGUGGUGGUGGACUUACAGGCGGUGCCAAUGGCGCCAAUCCAUUACAAAAUUUCGAUGCGGCAGCUUGGUUGGCUGGCUCUGGUGGAAAGAGAGAGGGAGGUGCUCCAAGUGGUGGAAGAGAGAUUAUUAGAUGAGCGUGGCAGCUGCAUUCAUGGAGUUUCAUUGAUACUCUAGCUGAGUGAUGAGAGAUGAUCAAUUUAUUGGAUUAUGAUAAUACCUAGGAGCCAUGGGUCAAACCACGACGCGAAAAGUAGGUACAGAGAAGAUAGUUCUGUUGAGACAACAUAAGAAUGGGGCUUCGUACACCGUCAUUGUUUGAUCUUAAAUUCCUCACUGUAUAGGCACGUCUAUACCAAUUCCAGAUUCAUGUUUCGAGAAGCUACCAGGAGCGAGAAAUUGACCCAUCACUUGAAAUUCCAUAGUGCUUUGGCGCA